CUGUUGUAAACUUUCUCAUGUGAAACUACAUAUAAUUCCUUGCACAGAAUGGCAGAAUUAACGGAUGCAGAUGAGCAUAUACUAGACUACUGUCAAAAAGAAGUUCCCUAUAAAAUCAUUCCACAGUUGCUAGCUAAGUACCACAAUGUAGAGAUUAGUUAUAAUGCUGUUAAAAAAAGAGCUAAGAAGCUUGGCAUCAACAAAAGGGGACCUGGAACAACUUCAGAAGCAGAGGUCAUUGCAGCACUGCAGGAUGAACUGACAUCUGCCUCAUCACUUGUAGGCUACAGGGAGAUGACCUCUAUUCUCCGCAAAAAAGGUUUGAUUGUUAGAAGAAAUACUGUAAUGCAGCUUCUAAGAACACUGGACCCAGAGGGAGUAGAAAUUCGCAGGAGGAGGAGACUGAAGCGCAAAGUUUACAUAAGUCCUGGUCCUAACUAUGCAUGGCAUGUUGAUGGGAAUGACAAAUUAAAGCCAUUUGGUUUUGCAGUCCAUGGUGCCAUAGAUGGGUAUUCUAGGAUGAUUCUCUGGUUAAAUGUUGCUCCCUCCAACAAGGAUCCCGCUAUUAUUUCUUAUUUCUAUAUGCAAACCGUGGCAGCACUCCAUGGUUGUCCAAGCCUCCUACAGACAGACCCAGGAGUAGAAAAUGGUAUAAUUGCUGCGCUUCAAUGUACUUUCCGGGUUAAUCAUGAAGAUGAGUUAGCAGGUUCCAAGAGUCAUAAAUAUGGCAAAUCUACUACUAAUCAGCGCAUUGAAAGUUGGUGGUCAUAUUACAGGCGCAAUCGGAUAGAUUGGUGGAUGGACAAGUUCUAUGAACUGGUGCGAAAUCAACAAUUCAACAAAGAUAAUGAUACCCAUGUGAAAUGUAUCCGCUUCUGCUAUAUGAGCUUAAUCCAGCAGGAGCUGGAUGAUAUUAAAGAAAGAUGGAAUGGGCACAACAUUCUACCGUCCCCAAAUGCCAGGUGCCCAAAUGGCAGACCAAAUGUUUUGUUCCACCUUCCAGAAAACACAGGUGCAGAAGACCAUUUGAAACCAAUCUCUCCUGAAGCCAUAAGAUUUGGUUUUACAAAUACUGUGCAGCAAACCAUCAGUGGAUGUCCUGCCUUUGACGAUUACGCAUCCAAUAUAUUUCGUGCAAAGGGCUGGGCUGAGCCAGCAGACUUUCAAGAAGCACUUCACUUUUACACAGAAUUACGUAGAUUAGCAACAAAUGAGUUGCUUGAUAUUUAA